AUUGGUUGAAGAGGACGAUCGAGUUACUAUCUGCGGCACAGUGUUUGUGAUUGAUCAUUCAAAAAUGACUUUGGCUCUAAUGGCACAAUUCACCCCCUCACUAGCAAAGAAAGGCGUCACCCAGUUUCAGGAUGGUAACUCAAUUCGUCCUAAAAGCAUGAACCAUAUCAAUAUGAGCCCAGCGUUCAUCACUGUGUUCAACAUGAUUAAGUUAUUCAUGAACGAGAAGAUGAAAAGCAGGAUGUUCGUUCACUCCGACAUGGACUCUUUGUACAAAAACGUCCCACAAAGGCUUCUACCCCAAGAAUAUGGAGGAGAGGCAGGAUCACUGGCCGCGCUUACAGAAGAAUGGAAGAAGAAAGUUGAGGCACGACGUGGAUGGCUCAUGGAGGGCGAGAUGUACCGAUCGGACGAGAAGAAGCGAGUCGGGGGCAGACCGAAGACGCAGGAGGACCUGUUCGGCCUGGACGGUUCCUUCAGACAACUGAAUGUGGACUAGAAUAUAUUCACAUAACUACAUUACACCUGAGUUCAUGUCCAGUCAAAUACAUAUAUAGAAAUUUCACAUUUUAUGGGUAAGAAAUUUCAAUCUUAAACAUGAAUUUAAUUUAACAUUUGGGUCUGUUUGAAAAUAAACUGUAAAUAUUUCAAUA